AUGUAUAAGGCCCUUUUCAUUCUGUUGCAAUUUGUUUUCAUUUCGAGCGGACAGGAUCAUGUUUUUAUUCGCGAUUACUUUUUGCAUAAAAAGGUACGAAAUGUCGUGGGAUUCUCUUGCGGUGACGCUAUAGGUGAUUUUAAUCUUUUGAAAAUAUUAAGUACCACGAAUAUCUAUACAAUAAUAAGGGAACCCAGUGUGAAAAUCGACUUUCGAAGAUUCAUGAGAAGUGAAGCUUGGACAGUUGGUGUCGUAAUUGAUUUGCGUUGCCGCAAUGAAACUGCUGUUCGAAUUUUCGCUGAAAGCUCGAAAUAUCGGAUGUACGAUUAUUCCUACAACUGGCUAGUGUUGGAUUCUAAUUACAAUCAUAGCAUUUCGCUGUUGAACGACAGUGCUUACAACAUAGUGACCGACGUGGUUGUUGCUAUAUCGAAGAAAAACGGCUACGAUUUGUACGAUGUUUACAAUCAUUGCAAAUAUCGCGGUGGUUCGUUAAACGUUACACAACUUGGUAUUUGGCGGCGUGAUACAGGACUUAACGUAACCCUAACGCAGCCUCUAAUUAACAGAAGAGCUAACAUGCAUGGGAUGAGAUUAAAGAUAUCCGGUGUGGUACAAUACAGGCCGAAAGAUAUGCGUCUCGAAGAUUACAUGCAGGACAUAAACACGAGAUCCUUAGACAGCAUGCACAAAUUUGUGCACGCUAUGAUUUUGCAUACGGGAGAUCUGUUUAAUUUCAGUGUUCACGCCUCUGAAAUCAUCUACUGGGACAGACACAGCGUGCACGGUUUGAUUUUUGAAUUCUUACGAUCGAAUUUCAUCGAUUUCGCCAGUAAUCCAAGAAUUAUGGUUUCCGAGAGAUUAGAUUAUGCCAGCCUCAUUGGCGCAGCGUGGCCAAUUAGACCGUGUUUCAUGCUGCUAUCCACCUCGACCAAUAAAAUUAAAUUAGAAAUCUUCCUGAAACCAUUCACGAGGCAAACAUGGUACGUGUUCGCAACUUUCGGAUUGUUCUCCAUAGUCAUUAUGAAAAUAAUAAUGAAUCGCGAGAAUAUUGGUAAGAACGAAAAAUAUUCCGGAGCAGUGGUGUUGUCCAUAGGAAUUAUAUCACAGCAAGGUGCAAAUUUUCUACCAAAACGCAUACCAAGUCGUAUAGCACUCUUUCAAAUAACUAUACACAGUUGGAUAAUGUACAAUUACUACUCCGCUAGUAUCGUCUCGGCUAGAUUGAGCGAACCCCUUGAUAUGAUGGAAGAUUCUGUAACUGUUCUUGCUGAUAGUAAUCUAAAAAUCGCUGCAGAAGCUGUACCCUACUUAAACUACUUCUUAUACAAAUUGAAUUGGGAGUCGGAUUAUUUCCGCAAAAAACGCUGGGAUCCUUUACCAGAGUCGAAAAGAUAUCUGCCGAUAGAGGAGGGUAUCAGGCAAGUUAGUCAAGGUAUUCUAGCGUAUCACACGGACCCUAAUACAGCCUAUCCUUAUGUUGAAAGAAUGUUCGACUCUAAUAAAAUUUGCGAGUUGACGGAAAUUCAUCUGUUCAAACAAUCUGUGAUGGGGAUGUACGCCAGUCACAAUGGACAGUUCAUUGAAAUAGCUAAAAUAGGACUGACAAAGAUGUUCAAUACCGGUCUUCGAGACCGACAAAUCAAACACUGGUCCUCGAGGAAACCACAGUGUCAACCUGAUACUUUGUCCACGAGGAGUAUCACAAUUUACGAAACUGCACCUGCCCUAAUUUUACUAGCCUUUGGAAUGGUCGCGGCUGGAACGAUGUGCAUCGUGGAAAAUAUCAGUUACAGACGUUCAAUCAGCAGAGGAUGUCGCAAAAAGAGGAUUGGAACAAAAGGAAGCUUCAGCAGUGGAAAUAGCAGAGACAAUUUAUUAGACAUGAAUGCCUCGACUUAUUACAUGUUCGAUCAUUUGCACCAAUGGUUGAUACUUGGGGAAGAUAUGAAUCGCACUGUUCAAUUAUUAAACGACAGCACGUUUAGCAUAAUCACGGACGUAGCGAUUACUGUGGCGAAAGACGACAACUACGCUCUUUACGAUGUGUAUAAUCAUUGUAAACAUUGCGGUAGUUUGUUGAAUAUCACGAAACUUGGUACCUGGACGAGAAACGAUGGACUGAAGAUCAGUCUGUCUACAGAAAAGUUUUCUAGACGAUGGAAUUAUCAUAAAGCGAAGGUGAAAGUCGCAGGCUACGUAGCAUUUAGACCGAAAGAUCAAAAUCUGGAAGAUUAUCUCAAAGACUACAGUACCAUGCAUACAGACAACUUUAGCAAGUAUUUGUACUCUAUAGUUAUUCAUCUUCAAGAUGUAUUUAAUUUAAGUUUCGAAAUAUUAGAAAUAAAUUACUGGGACAAAAAUGAUACGAAUGGGCCAGUGGUAACUGGUUUAAGAGAACGUAAAUUUGAUUUAGCUUACUAUCCUUUGGUUCUGACACAGGACAGACUCACUUAUGCGGACGUGAUGAUACAAGUAAUGCCUCUAAGAACCUGCUUUAUGUUUCGCACCGUACCUUCACAAAAAAUGGACGUGAACGUUAUCUUCAGACCAUUCGCGAGGACUGUUUGGUACAUGAUUUCAUUACUGAUAGUCAUCAUAAUUCUCGCUUUGUGGAUCAUUUUUAAAGCAGGAAAAGAUAAUAUCGAUACUGAUAGUGUUCUCGUAACUGUUGCUGCGGUAUGUCAACAAGGAUUUCCAUUCGAUAGCAAUCAGAUUUCAAGCCGACUUGCUUUUUUGCAGACCAUGAUCUUUGGUCUACUUUUAUACAACUGUUACGCAGGAGCGAUAGUAUCAGCCCGGCUGAAUGCUCCUUUGAAUAAAAUGAACGAUUCACUAUACUCGUUAGUGAAAAGUAAAAUGAAACUUGGAGCAUCCAAGGAAAUAUAUUUGAAUCUUAUAAUGAAUUCUACUCUAGAUGAGAUCCAAUAUUUCAAGAGAUACUGGCAGUCUAUACCGGAAGAGAAAAAGUACUAUUCGAUCAAGGACGGUGUGAAAGCAAUAAUGAAACCUGGAUUCGCCUAUCAUACGGAACCUCUCAAAGCUUAUCCACUUAUAGAACGAACUUUCGACAAUCAAAUGAUCUGUCAGCUUACCGAAGUGCAUUUGCUUCGUCCUUCUAUUUUAGGUGUGUGGUCAACUCGACAUGGCCAGUUUCAAGAGGUAGCAAAAAUAGGCUGA